CCCGGCGGCCUCAUCACAAGGUCCGAUCCCCAAAAUGCUUCAUUCAACAUUGAGGCAUUCUUGAGUUGACAGUGUUCUCCUGGCGUUGCUCUUGUCUGUUCCUCAUUCAGCGCGCACUAGCAAUUAGUGUUCAUCAACACUGAUUCCCAUCCUCCCAAACAUUACCUAGUACCUAGAGGUCCUCCUUCAUGGCUCCUGUCAUCGCCUAUCACUAUGGAUACUCGGCAGGUUAUCGAUGAGUCCGUGGGGCCAUAUUCACUUUCUGCUAGCUUUAAUAGUGACAAUAGCUGCUUCUCUGUUGGCUUGGAUACCGGAUUUUGUGGUAAGAGUUGGCUCCCAGCGAUCAAUAGCGUUGGAGAGAUUUGCGCCGCAAAGCCAGCACAGCUAAAUUUUGAUCGAUCAACCACAGUCUUCAAUGCGAAUCCAUGUGAGCUAAAAGUAUCACGGGAUUUCAAUGCUGGAAUAGGCGUAGUGGCAAUGCUCGGCCAGUCAAACUACCUGGCUAUUGUUGGUGGGGGACGAAAUCCCAAAUUUCCUCAGAACAAGUUGGUGAUCUGGGACGAUGCGAAACAAAAAGCAGUCAUAACACUCGAGUUCCGUACGUCCGUCCUUGGUGUCCGUUUGUCGAAAUCGCGAAUCGUUGUCGCUUUAUUGAAUAGUAUACACAUUUUCGCGUUUUCCAAUCCUCCACAGAAGCUCUCCGUCUUCGAAACGACCGACAACCCGAUUGGUCUGGCUUGCCUAGGGCAGAAGUUACUCGCUUUUCCAGGAAGAUCUCCAGGGCAGGUGCAGAUCGUCGAGCUGGAAACGGGAAAUGUUAGCAUCAUACCUGCUCAUAGUACGCCGCUGCGUGCCAUGGCGUUAAGUCCCGACGGAGAAGUGCUGGCAACAGCGAGUGAAGCGGGUACAUUGAUACGAGUGUUUUCUACGAGCAACUGCACAAAGAUGGCUGAACUGCGACGAGGAGUUGACCAUGCGGUGAUAUUCUCACUUGCGAUUUCACCUUCGAACAAUAUAUUAGCUGUAACGUCGGAUAAGUCCACACUCCAUCUGUUCGAUAUCCCCCAUCCACGAAAUCACUCCCGUCGAAGCCAGUCACCUUCCUCGCCGUCGGAGGAAGGGACAAACCAGAAAUGGGGAAUCUUAGGCAAAAUUCCCUUGCUCCCGCGAGUGUUUUCUGAUGUAUAUUCUUUCGCGAGUGCCCAUUUCGAGAUUGGCGAAGAAUCGCCGCCAGGGUCACUCUACGUUCCCCCUUUAGGAACAUCGUUUGCACGCCCGUCAAAAGGCGUCCUAGGCUGGCCCGACGAUCGGACCAUACUUGUGGUAGGCUCUGGCCGAGAUGGGCGAUGGGAGAAAUUUGUGAUUCGCGAAGGGGAUGAUGGGAAGCGGCAUUGCGUGAGAGAGGGUUGGAAACGAUAUCUCGGGGCCGGUUGAGGCCGCUCCUUUCUCCCUGCAUUCAUAUCACGGGGUUGAAAUUGAUGCACAAUAUAGAAGAUAUGCACCUGGUAAUGUAAUAGUUGAAACUAUCGUUCCUCG